AUGUCCUUCCUCGCGCGGGCGCUGCGCCACUCGAAGCCGUACCUGCCGUCGUCGCGCGGCGCGUCCUGCCGCUGGAUCUCGUCGACGCCCGCCGCGGGCUCGCCCGAGGCCGGCGCGGCCGUGGCGCCCGCCGACCCGGAGCUGCCCCCGCCGCGGGAGCCCGUCGGCGGGGCCCGCGUCGAGCUGCCGCCCAACCCGGAGGACGCGCUCGAGGUGUUCGUCGACGGCCACGCCGUGCGGAUCCCCAAGGGCUUCUCCGUGCUCCAGGCCUGCGAGGUCGCCGGCGUCGACAUCCCGCGCUUCUGCUACCACAGCCGCCUUUCCAUCGCCGGCAACUGCCGCAUGUGCCUCGUCGAGGUCGAGAAGUCGCCCAAGCCCGUCGCCUCCUGCGCCAUGCCCGCCCUCCCAGGGAUGAAGAUUAAGACCGACACACCAAUUGCGAAGAAGGCAAGGGAGGGAGUCAUGGAGUUCUUGUUGAUGAACCAUCCGCUGGAUUGCCCAAUCUGCGAUCAGGGUGGGGAGUGCGAUCUCCAGGAUCAGUCCAUGGCCUUUGGGGCUGACCGUGGUCGCUUCACCGAUAUGAAGAGGUCGGUUGUGGAUAAGAAUUUGGGCCCUCUGGUGAAGACGGUGAUGACCCGUUGCAUCCAGUGCACAAGGUGUGUCAGGUUUGCAUCUGAGGUUGCUGGUGUUCAGGACCUGGGUAUGUUAGGCCGUGGCAGUGGUGAAGAAAUCGGAACAUAUGUGGGGAAACUUAUGACAAGUGAACUAUCUGGAAACGUUAUUGAUAUCUGCCCCGUUGGAGCUCUUACAUCCAAGCCAUUUGCAUUUAAAGCUAGGAACUGGGAGAUGAAGGGCACUGAGACUAUUGAUGUUACUGAUGCAGUAGGGUCCAACAUACGUGUUGACAGCAGAGGUCCUGAAGUUAUGCGCAUUGUUCCUCGUCUCAAUGAGGAUAUCAACGAAGAAUGGAUAUCUGACAAAACACGGUUUUGUUAUGAUGGUUUGAAGAGGCAAAGACUAAACGACCCUAUGAUUCGUGGUCCUGAUGGCAGGUUCAAGGCAGUGACAUGGCGUGAUGCUAUUGCGGUUGUUGCUGAGGUUUUGAAUCAAGUCAAGCCAGAAGAAAUUACCGGAGUCGCUGGCAAACUUUCUGAUGCAGAAUCCAUGAUGGCGCUGAAAGAUUUUGUUAAUAAAAUGGGUUCGGAUAAGGUGCUCUGCGAGGGGAAUGGUCCGAAUCCACCAGCAGAUAUUCGAUCAAACUACCUAAUGAAUACUAGCAUUGCUGGUCUUGAGAAAGCUGAUGUCUUCCUUUUGGUUGGCACACAGCCAAGGGUGGAAGCUGCUAUGGUGAACGCAAGGAUUCAGAAGACUGUUAGAGCAACACAAGCAAAGGUGGGCUACAUUGGUCCUCCAGCAGACUUCAACUAUGACACUUGGCAUCUUGGCACAGGGCCAGAUACCCUUGUCGAGAUCGCUGAGGGCCGACAUCCUUUCUGUUCAAUACUGAAGUCUGCAAAGAACCCAGUAAUCAUCGCUGGAGCUGGGUUAUUUGAACGAGAAGACCAAGGUGCUGUGUUCUCAACAAUUGAAACUGUUGCCAAGAAGUUCAAUGUGACGAGACCGGACUGGAACGGCCUUAAUGUCCUAUUGCUCCAUGCUGCACAGGCCGCAGCUCUUGAUCUGGGCCUCGUUGCUAAUCCCACCGAGAGCGUCAAGUCUGCAAAGUUCCUUUACCUGAUGGGAGCCGACGAUGUAAACUUGGACAACCUCCCAGCGGAUGCAUUUGUUGUUUACCAGGGGCACCAUGGUGACAAGGCCGUGUACAGGGCCAAUGUUAUUCUGCCGUCCUCAGCAUUUAGCGAGAAAGAAGGCACCUAUGAGAACACCGAGGGAUGCACCCAGUGGACCAUCCCAGCUGUCCCCACGGUUGGUGAUGCCAGGGAUGACUGGAAGAUCGUCCGUGCUCUUUCCGAGGUUGCCGGGGCUCCACUGCCUUACGACAGCGUCACAGCUGUGAGGAGCCGGAUCAGCAUGGUGGCCCCAAACCUUGUGCGCGUCGACGAGAGGGAGCCGUCGGUGAUCUCUGCCGAGGUGAAGCCUCCGGUGAAGCAGCAAGUGAGCCCUGCCCCAUUCAAAGCUGCCGUGGAGAACUUCUACAUGACCGACGCGAUCACGCGGGCUUCCAAGAUCAUGGCUCAGUGCAGCGCAACCUUGUUGAAGAAGUGA